AUAAUGAUGGCAUGGAUAUUGAAGAUGAUCACUUUGAAGAGGAUGAACAAAAUACAGAAGAUCAAAUGCCUGAGAUUAGAUCACGAACUAAUGGUGCCGAUGAGUCAGAGGAUGAUGACAUUGAUUAUUUUGCUGAUCCCGAUGAAUUAGGCGAUGAAUUAAAUGCCAAUG